CGAUUAACCAUCAGAAACAUCUCUACCGCAGCUGGAAUACGCGAGAACGCCAGGUGCGUCUGUCGGUACUUACCAGAAUUACUAUCGCGACUGUAUCUUCACUUCAUAUUCGAGUCAUAAUGCGUGCAGCACCGGCUUUGCGACACGUCCUCCGCGGCCAGAGUCGCCUCUUUCCCCGAGCCUCCGCUCCCAGCAUACUAUCGCGAUCACAGUCGCAGUCGCCAUUACUAUCUGCCAGCGUUUUCAGACAGAAGCAAGCUGUGAUUCCCUCUCUUUCCAGAUCCUUCGCAUCCUCUGAAGCGCCCAAGACUCGUGAUCCUCGUCCUCUUACCGACCGCGCCACCUCCGAAUCUACAGACGCAGAAAAUGCCGAGCAGAACAAAGCACGUCGGGCGCAAGAGCCCAUGUACCAGAUCACAUUUACCUGCAAACCAUGCGGCGACCGUUCCUCGCAUCAAAUGUCCAAGCACGGCUACCAUCGCGGCACAGUCUUGAUCCGUUGCCCGACUUGUUCCAACCGACAUGUGAUCAGCGAUCAUCUGGGCAUCUUCAUGGACAAGAAGAGCACGCUGGAAGAUAUCCUGAAGAAAGAUGGCAGGAAGCUGAAGAAGGGCUAUGUGGAUGGCGACAUGGAGUUCUGGGAUGAUGGCACUUCGAACCCGAAGCAGACCCAGGAGCAGUCUGAAAAGGCUGGCGAGCAGUGAUAAUUGUUAACGGAACUGUCAUGAUCUUCAGCCCCAGGAGAAAUCCUAUGCGUGUCUCCUGUUGCAGUUCCACAUUGCAUAUCUUACGAUACUUUUGCAGCGAGUUCAGGAGUUGACGGGUUUUCUGAGUACCUAUGGGUGAAGGAAAAGUGUCUAUGCUUGUCGGUGGUAAUGGGAGCCCACUGGAAAAGGAUCUCGCAUGAAUACCUUUUCUUUUUCGUCAUCUUGUAUACACUAUGUACAUAUCGACAUAGACUCUAUGUAUCAUUAGCACAUAAUAUAACCA